AUGUCGUCGUUGCGUCUCGUUUCUUCUGCUGUGCGCCGAGCAACGACUUUUUCAAUAGCGCGACGUGGAUAUGCCGAGGCUGUUAGCGACAAGUUGAAACUCUCGCUGGCUCUUCCUCACAAGUCAAUCUUCACUUCGCAGGAUGUCGUCCAAGUAAAUAUACCUGCAGAAUCCGGAGACAUGGGUAUCCUUUCCAACCAUGUGCCAUCCAUCGAGGCUAUACGACCAGGCGUGAUUGAGGUCAUUGAGUCGAACGCGGGUUCUCAAAAGUUUUUUGUCUCCGGCGGAUUCGCUACUGUCCACCCGAACAACAAGCUUACGAUUAACGUCGUGGAGGGUGCGCCGCUGGAAGACUUUUCGAUCGAGGCUAUUCGUAGCAACUUAGCAGAAGCACUAAAGGUGGCAGCUGGAAGCGGUUCGGAGGCAGAGAAGAUGGAGGCACGCAUUGAGGCCGAUGUGUAUGAGUCGUUGCAACAUGCCCUCGCAAAAUAGUGGCUUUUGUAUUUAGAGACGCCUCUUGUCCACAUUGAGUACACCAACUACUCAACCCC